AGCUUAAGUCAGAGUCGGUGUAUCAGGCUGAGACCUCUCAAAUCAGAAUAUAUCACCACUAUAUAACAAAGGCUUCAAGGACUCUAUUCUCUCGUGCCUUAAUCUUAAUAGUUACUAACAACAAGGAGUGAGUUUUCUCUCUCUCUCUCUCACUCUCUAUUGGUAUUAUAUUCUUUACAAUUCCCAAUGCGGAUUUUUCCUUGUUGCCGAGGAGGAGCACUUUUGUGCUUUUGGCUGGCUUUGGCUUUGGUAGUUAGCUUUUGCUAUGGUGAUGAUGACAAGACAGUUGAGGUAGUUGGGAAUGGAGAAUGUGCCGACUGUGCUCAGCAUAGUUUCGACACCAAACUUGCCUAUUCAGGUCUUCGAGUGACAAUAGACUGUAAAACACCAGGUCGGCAAUUCAAAACAAGAGGAUCGGGAGAGUUAGACGAAGAAGGAAAGUUCAAAGUGUCACUCCCAAAUGAGAUCUUAAACAAGGAAGGAAAACUUAAUGAAGAAUGCUAUGCACAACUGCAUAGCUCAUCAGAUGGACCAUGUCCUGCCCAUGAUGGCUUAGAGUCCUCUAAAAUACUCUCCCAAACCAUCAAAGCCACCACCAAUGAUAAUAAUAAUGAUCAUGACAAACACACCUUUGGACUCGCUAAAGGAAAACUCAAGUUCUCACCAAUCACAUGCGCUUCAGCAUUUUUUUGGCACCAUUUCCACAAAAAACACCCACUUUGCCCUCCUAAAACCUCUGAUAAACCCCCCCAAAAGCCACCACUACCCACACCAGCUCCAAAGAAAGAACUCCCUUCUCCUGUCCCAAAAAAGAAGCCAGACCCACCAAAAGAGAAAGGUCCAAAGAAAGAGCCUUGUCCUCCAAAAGCCAAUAAACCUCCUAAGAAAGAGGUCCCCAAGAAGGAGCCUUGUCCUCCCAAGCCAGAAAUAAAGCCUCUUCCAGCCCCAACUGUUCCUGUCUAUAAUAAGCCUCCGGUACCAGUUUACAAGCCGAAACACCCUUUUUUCAAGCACCCUUUUUACAAGCACCCUUUCUUUAAGCAUCUCCCACCUUUCCCUAAGUUCCCUUAUCACCCUCUUUUCCCUAAGAUCCCUCCUUUCUUUGACCAUCCCAUGUUUGGAAAAACACCCUCCACCCAAAAUCCUUAGUAAGCUCUCUAUAGCUUGGGAUAGUGAUGUGUCGUUUUACUUGUAAGUGGGGAUGAAGAUAUGUCGUUUUUGGUGGAGUAUGUUCUUGUUGUUGUCCUGAUUAAUAAAGAUUGCCAAGCUCCAUAGAUUUUUACUUUUUUUUUUUAAUUUUUUAAAAGUGACUUAAUGAGAGACAUGUAGAGAGAUGGGAUGAAGUUUUAUUGAAUGAUUGUGUUGAUUUUUAUUUUCUUAAUUUAGUUGGUUGAUUUGUGUGGAGAUUGUUCUAUAAUUAACUAUUAUGUUCAUGGGGAUCUUUUUGGUUGAGUGUAUGUGUUUUCGAAGCAUUGGUUGAGUGCAUGUUAAUAUUGUUAUUAAAGGUCAAGUGCUUGUGAAUCUGGAAUCAGUUAAUAUUGUUA